CGCGCACCAACCGGCAAUACUAGUUCAGACACGAAACGAGAAGUAUCUCAAAGUCAAAUACGAAGCGAAACUACGCCGCGAAAACUACGCUUGAACGAAAACGAAAUAAUCAAAUUAGCGGAUAGUGAAGUGUUAUUUAAUAGAUUCUUGUAUUUAUUUUAAAUCAGGAAGAAAUUUAAAAUAAAGAAGAACCACAAACGUCAAAAUGCCUGCAAUUGGAAUUGAUUUGGGAACCACUUAUUCCUGUGUGGGAGUUUGGCAGCAGGGAAAAGUCGAGAUCAUCGCCAACGACCAGGGUAACCGGACCACACCGAGCUAUGUCGCUUUCACGGAUACGGAGCGUCUUAUUGGAGAUGCUGCUAAAAACCAGGUGGCGAUGAAUCCUGCAAACACCGUAUUUGAUGCAAAAAGGUUAAUUGGAAGGCGAUUCGAUGACCCGAAAAUCCAGGCUGACAUAAAACACUGGCCUUUCAAGGUCGUAAAUGAAGGAGGUAAACCAAAGAUCCAGGUAGAAUUUCGCGGUGAGGUGAAAAAGUUCAACCCGGAAGAGAUCAGCUCGAUGGUCUUGACAAAAAUGAAGGAAACAGCUGAGGCAUUCCUCGGACAAUCUGUGCGAGAUUCAGUCAUCACAGUCCCCGCUUAUUUCAACGAUUCCCAGCGACAAGCCACAAAAGACGCUGGAGCAAUCGCUGGAAUAAAUGUCCUCAGGAUCAUCAACGAACCCACAGCUGCUGCUCUCGCCUACGGCCUCGACAAAAGUCUCAAGGGCGAGAAGAACGUCCUCAUCUUCGAUCUGGGCGGCGGAACCUUCGACGUGUCCAUCCUCUCCAUCGACGAAGGCUCGCUCUUCGAAGUCAAGUCUACUGCCGGAGACACUCAUCUCGGAGGUGAAGACUUCGACAACAGAUUGGUGGACCAUCUCUGCAAAGAAUUCGAGAGGAAGUUUAAGAAGAACCUGAAAACGAGUCCUAGAGCUCUUCGAAGAUUGAGAACAGCAGCUGAACGAGCGAAACGAACACUAUCUUCGAGCACUGAAGCCACCAUUGAAAUUGAUGCUCUUUAUGAAGGCGUUGACUAUUACACCAAAAUCUCCAGAGCUCGCUUUGAGGAAUUGUGCGCUGAUUUGUUCAGAGCCACCCUGGAACCGGUGGAGAAGGCUCUAGCUGAUGCCAAGAUGGACAAGAGAUCCAUCGACGAUGUUGUCCUCGUUGGAGGUUCAACCAGGAUCCCGAAGAUCCAGUCGCUUCUUCAGAACUUCUUCUGUGGAAAACAGUUGAAUCUUUCGAUUAAUCCUGACGAGGCUGUUGCCUACGGCGCCGCUGUUCAAGCAGCGAUUCUGACGGGUGAAGGAGACAAGAGUUCGACUCUGCAGGAUGUCCUCUUGGUUGAUGUUGCGCCUCUCUCUCUGGGAAUUGAAACAGCUGGUGGAGUGAUGACCAAUAUCGUCGAAAGAAAUGCGCGCAUUCCUUGCAAACAGACCCAGACCUUCACGACUUAUGCUGACAACCAACCUGGCGUCUCGAUUCAGGUGUUCGAAGGUGAACGAGCAAUGACAAAAGACAACAAUCUCUUGGGUAAGUUUGAACUGAGUGGAAUUGCUCCCGCGCCUCGAGGAGUGCCCAAAAUCGAGGUAACUUUCGACAUGGAUGCGAAUGGUAUCCUCCAUGUGACUGCGAAAGAUAUCGCGAGCGGGAGGAGCAAUGAUGUCAGAAUUACGAAUGACAAGGGUCGGCUUUCGAGGGCUGAGAUUGACCGGAUGUUGUCCGAGGCCGAGAAGUACAAAGACCAGGAUCGGGCCCAGAGGGAGAAGGUUGAUGCUCGCAACAAAUUGGAGAGCUAUGUCUUCUCUCUGAAGCAGACUGUCCAGGACAAGGGCUGCAAACUUGACGAGGCCGAUAAGAAGCAAGUGACGCAGAUUUGCGAGGAUACUGUCCGCUGGCUGGAUAACAACACCCUCGCUGAGAAGGAGGAAUAUCAACAUAAGUUGGGUGAAGUUGAGAAGCAGUGCAAUCCUAUCAUGAUGAAGAUGCAUCAGGGAGCAGCUGGAGGUCAAACUUCUUCAGGGGGAAAUGGGGGUCCAACAGUCGAGGAAGUGGAUUAGAAAAAAGCUCUUGAGACACUUUUUUUGAAACAUAAAAAAGUUUUUUUAUUUCAAUGGUGAUUAGAAUUUUGUUUAUCGAAAGUUUUGAUUCGAGAAACUAAGAUUGUUUGAGAGAAGUUCUAUUUUUGUGGAUUGAAUGAGGUUGAUGAGACUAGAAAAUUGUUCUGAAGGAGAGCUCCUGUUUCAGCAUUUAAAGAUUUAUUAGAUCUUUAUGAGGCUAUUUAUUUUCUAGAAGACUGUAUUUUUUUUUAUUUAUUUGUUACAAAUGAAGUAAUAAACAAUACUUUUGUUGUA